UUAUUAAAAAAAUGGUAUACCAGUAUACCGGAAGAGACUAAGAAAAUAGAGUCAGUAGCAAAUUGCAGGAAUGGGCAAAUCCACGAGGAGAGAAAAUCUGUCUUCUAAAUUUUACAAGUCCUUUUUAGUCUGCUUGACUCUAAGCCAUAUUUACACAUAUUCUCAAGCUAUAAAUAGGUAAAAUCUUAAGUCCUCUAAAUCUAAGCUCAUUUCUUCUUUAUUUCUUGACCCCCUCAAGAUUUGCCCACUCAGUUCUUUAUUGUCCAAAUCUAAGCUAAAAAAAUGGAGUUUUAUGUUCAUAACAUAAAGGAAACAAAUUUUGACAACCCCAUUAAUAGAAAACUUGCAAAACCCAAAUCAAAGAUUUUUUUCAAGAAUGAGUACCUUCCUAAUUGGUUCUUGGAAGAAGUUUUCUUAAGAUUGCCUGUAAAAUGUGUUUUUAGGUACAAAUGUGUCUCAAAACAGUGGCUUUCCUUAAUUUCUGCACCUUCUUUUGUAUCCCUUUAUAUUUCUAGAGCUUCUGUGUUGCCCCAACAAGCACCUAUUUGGACCAUUCUUGCUGAUACUCUGCGUGUUAAUAAUGGUGUUAACUAUUUUGCUCAGUCAUACUUGCCUGAUUUGCUCUCUGAUAAUCGGUUACAUCCAAGAUUUUGUACAAUUCAUUCCCCUUGUAUUGCUCGUCCUGAAGAUGAACGAUAUACCAUUGUAGCAGUGAGUGAGGGGCUAGUUUUGUACAAUCGAUGUGUAAGUGAUUAUCACAUUUAUAAUGCUAUUACAGGGCAAUGCGUUGCGCUUCCUCCACCUUCGAUGCGUUUUGGACAUGUUAGUAAUGGUUUUUUAACGGAAUCUGAAGGGGGGUCUCUGAGGAGUUUUAAAGUUGUGAGAUUUGGUUGUCAAUUUGGCGAGUCGUAUAUCCUAAAGUUUGAGAUAUUCUCGUCUGAGACUGGAAGUUGGAGAAGUCUUGUUGUUCAUAAUGAUGUACCAAUUGAAGUUGUGUCGCUCAGGAGGCCUGUUGCUCUGAAUGGGAACCUACAUUGGAUUGAUCGUCGACUUGGGAUUAUGGCGUUUAAUCCUUCCAAUGACUUGAAUCAAUGUCGGAUAAUUGGACUUCCUAAUGAUAUUGAUAAGCAAUGUAAUGAUGCUAGAAAUAACGGAAGUCCUACUUUGUGUGAUGUUCAUCAGGAUCACUUGAGGUAUAUCGAGGUAUCUCUUGUGCCCUCGUAUCCCUUCGGAUUUUCGGGUUUUUCCGUUUGGAUUCUUGACAACUAUGACUCUUCAAAUUGGACUCUGCAGCACAGGGUAAAGAUCCGUGACAUCGUGUUUGAUGAUACUUUAAUUAGCAAAGCGUUAACUGGGCUCAUUCCUACUCCAAUCGCCUUCCAUCCGCUUGAUUCCAACAUCUUAUACCUUGGUUUCGGGGAUGCUGUUGUUUCAUAUAACAUGAAAACAUUGAAGUUGGAUGUCCUUGCUGCAAGGGCGGCUCAACAAAAUUUGUGGCCUAAAGCCGGUGCUUUACCGGCUUCACCGUUCAGUCGACUCUGCCUUGGUGAUCCAGAUGAUGUUCCAGAUAUGAUUCAAAGAUUAUUACCUUGUUGGUCAUCAGCAUUCUUGUUCAUGCUUCCUGCGUGGCCAAUUUCUCUUCCUAUUGAUUACACAGGACUGAAGAAGUAAUGUUGUGCUUCAAUCAGUAUUAACAAAAAAGUAGUAAGCAAUAAAGCAAAUGCUGAUGAUUCUGUGUAUUAGUGAAUUAAUAAGAACUGCUUGUUCAAGUCA